GAUUCGUCAGACUGCGUCAGACGACUUGGUAUCGUCAUCGACGUAUAAAAUUAAAAGAGAACAGAGCAUUUCAGAAUUUCUAAGUUGUACACACACUCAGGGACUGGGUGUUUCUGCAAUUGCAAGGUUGUUUUCGUUUUCAUUGACCAAACGUUCUUAUAAUUAUUGUUAUAUCUGGUGCGCGAAGUUUAAACAUAAAUUAUGUUAAGUGAAAAUCAAAAUCUUGCUAUGAGCAACUACAUAGAAAAUAUUUCCACCAAUUUAGAAAACAGCAGAAACUGCCUUCGCCGUAUAGCCCGGCACGAUGAUACCGAAUUUUCCAACCAAAGCGUACUAAACGUAAUGGAGAAAUUCGUUAAAACCGUCAAUAAGAUGGAUGAAACCAUACUAGUGCCUUGUCGGCUAAUGGAUCUGAAAGUUGGAGAUGAACAAGAUCCAGCCGGACAGAAUCCAAAGACAAAAUCCUCUCAUUCAGUACAUCAACUUCUCAGCUCAACUGAUUUAUUUGAAAUUUAUAAUAUGCUGAAUGGUGUGAAAGAGUCUCUUCUAUGGGGAGGACAAAGCGAAGUCCCAGAACCCGUAAAACCUUCAGGAAAUGCUCCGGCAACUUCAGUAACUACUCCAAUAGUCAAGGGCCACAUUCGUAGACCCUCUUCUGUUAGUGUGACUUCCACGAACUCAUCAUCAACUCUCAGUGACACAGAUUCAGAAUCUGGAAGCAACGAAAUCGAUUCAGGAAUCGACGAAACUUCUCUAGAAGAAGGAAAAGUCGAACGAAUUGCUCAGGAUUUCAAACGACACCUUCAUGGCCUCACAAGUUCCUUGCGACACAUGACCGAAGCUGCACAGUACCUAACUUGGCGUUACCAAUAUGAUAUUGGAGGUCCAGUUUAACACGCUUUUUGUUUUAGGUCAAUGGACUGAUAUUUUAUAUUAGGUAUAGUUAAUUUUUGGAUACAGGGCGACUCAUAGAUAUUUUGCGGGUGUUCAAGCCAUAUUUGACACAAAUUUCAACCACGCUUACUCGAUAUUUUGUAUACAAAGUGUAGCAAAUCAUCCAAUCCUUAAUUUUUCUUUCGAAGUAUUGUCAUUAUUAUACUGGCAUACUUAUUAGGACCACUCGAAAAUGCUAAUAGUUAUUUUAGUACAAAACAGGGACUCUCAAACUGUUUUAGACAAAAAAAACUUUUCCCAAAAUAAACUGAUAUCUCAGUUCAAUACCAAUUUGAAAAAAACAUUUUCGGUUAGGUAUGAUGAUGGAAUUUUUCUGAGUACUGUGUUCCAAUGCUGUAACCAGAAUUGACCACCUGCUUGACCUCUUUGUCUUUGUUAAUUUAUUGACCAUUCAAUUUUAAUCUAAUGCGUCCAAAUGAGUGACAUUAUGAUGAAAUAACCUCUUGUCAUUUUGACAAAUUUGUUUAACUAUAACUAUUUUUAUAAAAAUUAAUUUUACCUAAAAUGGCCGAUAUUACUUGUUGUUUUAAAAAAAUUAAGAUCCCCAUCUUCAGAUGCAAAUUAAUAUACUUUUGGUGUAUAAUCUCACACACUCGUAGAGGACAUGGGCCGGGUCGUCCUUUUGCCCACAUGUUUAACAUGUGUCAUCCUCGGUCUUAUGGAUUCUUUUAGUAAAGGUGCCGAACGAACCAUGUCCCGUCAGAACCUGCGUGAUGUAGUAAGAAGUGGUUCUAUGUUUGCACAUGACCCAGCUUCUUAUAUCUCUUAUCAAGGUUUUAGUCCACUGGGCCUUCGUCUCCAGACUAUCCCACCUCUCCUGCCACUUUUUGUAUGUUUUUUCUCUUGCCAUUCGUCUAUUAUCGGCUAACCUGCCUCCUAUUUUAUAUAGAAAGCAUCUCUCGGCUAUCAUGAGAUCAAUUUGUGGGAAUCCUGCUAUAACCUGGACUGCCUCGGCCGAUACGGUCCUAUAGGCAUCGGCGACCAUCAAUAAGCCUUUUCUUUGCGCAGCCAUUAAUAAUCUAUAAUUCCAACCUAGAGUCAAAUAUUGUUGAAAAUCUUUCUCAGUAAUAACCAGCAAUCUUCAGUUUGCGAAAGCAACCUAGUAAAGACUUCUUGGACAUCUUCGUGUUCUUUACAUAGCUCUGUAAUUAAUCGAGAGUUGCUUCGACUCUUGUAGACAAUAUUGUAAAGACUAAGACUGAGAUACUGCUACUAAAUACUGUCUUUGAAUCGUACAGUGAUUACCAGAACUUCAGGCAUUCAACCAUAGAUGGUGCUACAACUGGAACUUACUAUCUUUAUAAACAUCAAUCUUCAAUGUGCAAAAGCAACUGAGUAAAGGCUUCUUCGGGUUUUUACAUAGCUAAGUAACAAUCCGAGAGUUGCUUCGAAUAUUGGUACUGAUAUAUAGCUAUUAAAUACUGUCUUUGAAUCGUACAGUGAUUACCAGAACUUCAGGCAUUCAACUAAAGAUGGUGCAUCAUCUGCUAAAAUUGCUAAAAUUGGAACUCUGUUUUGUCUACGCUUAUCGAUUUUUAUAAAUACAAUGAUACUGACAUAUUAGUCAUUAUUAUAACAAUGUGACACAACUUGUAACUUGAAAGUUCCAAAUAUGGACUUAUGGGGUCGAUUUUUAAACCUUAUCAACCCCCAAAAUGCGCUUUAGUCUAUGUCUAGCUCAGGAAAACUAAUUUCGAUUUGGGGGCCCUGAUUUAGAAUAUUUUGUUAAACUUGUGGCUUACUUUACUAGUAACAGAUCAUGAAAAUAUGGCGGCAGUACUUCUUUAAGUAUGCCAGAUAUAAUUUUUAAUAUUUUUGGAAACUUCGAAAACAAAAAUAACCUCAAUUCUUCUUUCAUUAUUACUAGUAUACUUAGUAUACCAGUAUUUUACAAUAACUUUUAGUUAUUUAUACUGUCAAAUAUAAGGUGUGAAACUCGUCAAACUAAAUUAUGAUACUGCAUAAACAAUGUCACUUUAGCCGAAUGUUGUAGUCUUGAAUAAUUAUGGGAGUAUUUACAGCCCAGUAGUGAAAAUUCUGUUUAUUCUCUCUUGGUAGAAAUGUGCCUGGACGAGACUGACUUCCGAUCCGUGCAUUCUUCUCAUACUACGGUCUGAAACCCACUCCUAUUAAAAAGUCUAGAAAGUGGGAUGACUUCAAUUUACAGAGAUUCUCUAUUUCAUACUCUUCCAGGUGUAGUGCUCUGGAGUUCCUUAGUGUUUCACACUUCAAGUGAAUGUGGAAAGAGGUUUCGUCCUCUGUGCAACAAAAUCUGCAUUAUCUGCUAGGUCUAGCGUCUUCAGGUGCCCAUUGAGGCUACUUAGGUUGAUACAUUCAGCAGAUCUACUCUGGUUAUAGUUUCCCAGAAGAGUCUUUGUUUGUCUCAGCCCCUAUAGGUUGUCUCAAUAAUUGGUCCUAUCUAUCUUCUUUUCCAUUGUACUGUAGCUGAUACGAUAGAAGGGUUCGGGCUUGUCCCCGCUUUAGCAAACUUAUCGUCUUUUUUAUUCCUCUUCGCUCUGUUCUAACCGUACUCCAAACCCAGGACGGAAUCGUAUUUUUGUUGAAAACUGAAAGCCUGUUGUGAAGGGAUCAUAGAUUUUCAUAAUACGUCACGUUGUCCAAACCAUGAUAGAUACGCGGGACUGCAUAUUCUUACCACACCCCAAAUGGUAAUCUAAAUCUACAAACGUUGUGAAUAAUUAUAAUUGAAAGCUUAUAUAGCUUAACAGUAUUACCCUUUUUAAUUGAACUAUUUGGGCGAUUCAACAGCGAUCGAUUUAUUUAUAGCACAAGUAAAAAAAAACGUCAAAAUCGACGUGUAUAAUUAUAUAAUAUGUAGUUUUGUUUUAGGUGCUACUACACUAGUUUUGUUAGUUUGAAUAUAUGUCUUUUUAUAAUUUAUAAACUAUAUUUUUUAUUAAACCAAUUUGUGUCAAAUAUGUGAAUUUAAAAAAGUGUUGUGACACUCUGUAUAAUGUGGAAAAGUGAUAAUAUUUAUAUACUAAAUUUAUCUAUUUUUGCUCAUAAAUUUAUGAAUCUAUUUAUUUUUAAAAUAUUUAGUAUUAUUGUUUAUUUUACCUCUGUAUUGUUUUAAUUUAUAAUAAAUAUUAUUGAGGUUUA